AUGAUAUCAGAAAGUUCCAUAUUUACAAGGGAACUGAAUUCCUUCUCAGAACUUUUUUGGCAUCAGGAAAAAACAAGAAUGCAAAACUUCAAUAAUUCCUUUUUACUUUCCCCAUAUGGAAAUGUAAUUAAUUUGAAUUAUUUUUAUGUUUUCAUUGUGUUGAUCCUAUAUCUAAGUGUUAUUGUCCUCAACAUAGCUUUCAUUGCAGUGGUAUACUUAGAGAGGACCCUUCAUAAACCUAUGUACAUCUUCAUGUGUAACUUGUCAUUUAAUGGGUUGGUGGGAAGCACUGCCUUGUGUCCCUUUCUUUUGAGCAAUUUAUUAUCCGAUACUCAUGAAAGUUCUUAUGUUGGUUGUUUAGUACAAAUUUACUUUAUUUACCUGUAUGGGUCUUAUGAAUUCACUAUUUUAACAAUAAUGAGCUACGACAGGUAUGUGUCAAUAUGUUACCCAUUACAUUACCAUAUCAUUAUGUCAUCAUCCAAAAUUACCUUAUUGGUUAUAUUUUCAUGGAUGAUAAAUAUAAUCAAUAUGAUCAUUUCAGUGACAUUGUCAGGCAGUUUGCCACUUUGUGGUAAUAUCAUAGAAAAAGUUUAUUGUGAUAACUAUUCAGUCGUCAAAUUAGCAUGCAUUGAUACUACCAGUUUCAAUAUUUAUUACCUGAUCAAUGUAGCUACUAUUAUUCUUAUUCAGGUAUCUUUAAUUGUUUGGUCUUAUAUUAGAAUACUCCAAGUCUGCCUAAAAUCAUCAAAGGAUUCUCAAACAAAAGCUAUAGCAACUUGUCUUCCACAGUUGUUGAUUGUAGUUAACUAUGGAAUUGCAGCCUCAUUUGAAAUAAUCCAAAAUCGAUUCAACAUGAAACACAUACCAAGUACAGUUCGUAUAAUACUGUCAGUUUAUUUUCUUAUUCUACCUCCUAUUGUGAAUCCCAUUAUCUAUGGGCUUAAAUAUGAACAAAUCAGACUGAAUGUUAAAAAAAUGUUU